AAUUUUAGGAAGAUAUGGUAGGUAUUGGUGAUCUUAGUCGAGGUUUCAUCCAAGAAAUAUGCGAGAGAAAUACUGGCGAAGAGAGACCAGUGGUUCAAAUUCUGGAAGCAAGACCAUUGGUUAACAGUCAAGCGGAACCUGCUUCAGAAGCUCAGUACUUCCGAUUUCGGAUAUCUGAUGGAAUGUUCAGCUAUAAUUCCUGCCUAAAUCAAGCAGAUAUAACGGAAAGAAUCAAAAGAGAUACUCUGGAUCAAGGCAAUCCCGUACUACGCAUACAAUACACGAUAAAGGCUGCUCAAAAGCCAUUGUUGAGAAUCAUGGAUUACGAAAUUUUGGGACGCGAUUUACCGAUUUUCGGGAGUCCGGUACAUCAUUCUGGGAAUCCUAAUGACUAUCGUGGAUUAAAUCCAAAUGCCAGUAUGCAUACGCGUAUUGAACUUCGAUCGCCCCAGAAGGGUGGCUUAAAUUUGGGACAGAAUGCUCCCGUUCGUUAUGGUGGCUCAUCGUCGCGCCGUUUAGCCAAUUUAUCGGGACAGAACUUGACACCGAUCAAACUAAUUACUCCCUACGUUAAUAAAUGGCGAAUUUGCGGUGUGGUGACUGCAAAGGAGGAUCUACGAAAUAUCAGAACGGCUCGGAGAGAUAUGAAAGUGUUCAAUUUUGAAUUAACCGAUGAAGAGGGCGGCUGCAUACGCAUUGCAGCAUUUGACGAUGUUGCUGAAAAAUUUUAUUCAAUUAUCCAGAAGGGAUCGAUGUUCUAUGUGUCCGGCGGUACUGUCAAACAGGCAAAUAAACGUUUUAAUACGACAGGACAUGAUUAUGAAAUCACAAUAAGAAACGAUUCUGAGGUAUUGCCGUGUUUGGACCGUGAAAAAAUUGAACAGCCGAAACUUUCACUUAGUAUUGUUCGUCUUUGCAAUGUUGCUAAUCACGUAGGUGAACCGAUCGAUGUUAUUGCAAUAGCAGAAAAGGUCAAUGAUAUCGUGGAAGUUACAGCACGAAAUACAGGCGCCCAACUGGAGAAACGGGAUAUAAUACUGAUUGAUGCAUCGGAGACGGAAAUUACAUUAACAUUCUGGGGCGAGCAAGCGCGAACAUACGACAAAGAAAUUGAGGGUCAAACGAUUGGUAUAAAAGGAGCAUUUGUUAAAGAAUAUAACGGGAGUUUAAGUCUCAGUAUCGGAAAUUCCAGUCGAAUAGAGCUGAACAUGGACUGUGCCGAAACAGCAAAUUUAUACAGAUGGUACAGAGAAACAAGACCUUCGGUGCAGGCACGUAAUCUAACAACAGCUGGUCUCAGUUCAGACAAUUAUGCGCGAGAUUUUCGAAUUAUUCGUUUAUCUGAAGUUGGUGCACUGGGACGAGAUUCGGAGAAGGGCAUAUUUUUUAAUGUCACAGCCAUGAUCUCAUCAUUAAAAGCUGAUGGCGCUCUUUACAAGAGUUGUGGUACGAAUGGAUGCAAAAAGAAAGUAAUUGAGCUCAACAAUCAGUAUCGAUGUGAAAAAUGCGAUAUUACUUUGGAUAAGUACAAAUAUGUCCUCCUUAUGACGGUGGAAAUAUCAGACUUUUCGGGAUCUCACUGGGUGACGGUAUUUGAGGAUAAAGCUGUCAAGCUUUUGAAAAAUGAUGCAGAGCAGCUUGGGCAAUUACUCGAUAAUGAUCUGCUUGAUGAAUAUAAUGAAGUGUUCAAUGCAGUCCGCUUUCGUGAAUAUACAUUCCGCAUUCGGGCUAAAUCGGAAUUUUACAAUGGUGAAGAGAAAAUCAAAUGGAACGUUUUCGAUAUUCACGAGGUCAAUCUGGAUAAAUAUAUUGAUGAACUUACGAGAGCAAUAACUAAAUUGGAGGAAAUGUAAAUACUCUAAUCCUUCGUUUCAGCGCUAUCUACAUGAGAUCUCGUGUUUAUGUGGCAUAGAUCUUCCACUACUUUAUUUCAAAAAUUGAUAUAAAACUUAAGGUUAAAACAGUGUUGAAAAUGAUGUUUAUUUCAGCAUAUUAUUAACAUCAGUUCACCUUAUUUUAGCCUUGAUCUAUGAUUUUCUUUAAAUGUUAAUGUUAGUUGAGAAGUGAUUGAACUGGAAAAGUUCUAUUAUUUAGAGGAAUUUUCAUCCUUAAUUCCUGUAAUAUGAAAUUAUUCUGACAAUGCUUUUGACCAUGUGUAA